CUGGCAACGCCAAAGAGGUAACGCCGCAAGCGCCAUUUUCCUUUCCGCGAAAAAUUUUAUCAGACGAAAAAAUAAUUGUUGCGUGUGAAAAUUACUAUUUUUCAUUGAAAACUUGGAUAUUUGCUCUUUGAAACGCGUUUAACUUGCCAAGAAGAACAAUGCGCGUGACCAAAAGUGAUAUAAGCUUAGAGUUAGAAUGUUGGGUCGAGGAGUUAUCGCCAGCGCAACUUGCCGCGUAUGAAAAGGUGACCAACGAGCACAAUGCUAUUAAAAACGCAUUAAAAUCCGCGUUGACCAGCAACGAAGGUCGAGAACUCUUUAAUGGACAGGUAUUUCAAGCAUAUUCAUUCAAGGGUAAAGUUUUGCAAGAGUUGAAGGAGGCAACAUUGCCACCGAAAAAACCAGCGAAGCCCAACCCUCCUGCUACGCCUUUGGGUGGUACACGAGGUGGCGGCCGCAAACGGCCUUCGAACUUCGUAUAUUUGGAGUCUUCGGACGAAGGAGAAGACGAUGUGCCAUUAGCGAAACGAAUUGCAAUAGCAGCGGGCAAGAAGGGAACAUCGCCUGCAGGGGCUGCUUCGCCGGCAAGUGCAGCAAAGGGGCCUAAAGGUCAAAAAGGCGCGCCAGCCACACCUGCAGAUAAGGGUUCAGUAGGCGCCAAAGGUGCAAAAGCAGGAGCCGCUGGUAAAGCUGCAACACCAGGCAAAGGAGAAAAAGGAGGUGCCACUCCUGCAACACCGCCAGCAAAUUUCAAGCCCUCGGAAAUAAGUUCCGUGGGUGGAUUGGUUAUCGGUACCGAUGGCAAAGAUGGAAAGGAUGGUAAAGAUCAGGGCAAGGAAACUAAACUACAGGGUAAAACCUUCCCUUCGUUGGUGGUUUUGGCCAAACCAUGGCUUAAAGUUAAAGAUAUGUCCAGUACGCGAAGUAAAUUAGAUUCGAAGGUUAAGCUGGUGCUGAUGUUGACUCCAAACAAAUUUACUGAAUGGCUUAUUCAAGAAGGUCUAUUAAAAGCUGAACAAAAAUGUGCAAAUCAUCGUACGAACGAGUUGAAAUUGGGUGUCUAUUCAGAUGCCACAAAGUUCCCUUAUACUGGCGGCUAUGUUUGGAUCAGUGAAUGUUGUCCUAUGCGGUUUGUUUCUGUAUUUCAUGGUUCUAUUUUUGAGGGCGCACCACAUCCCCCAUCUUGCAUAUUGAAACUUGUCUAUCAUUGGUCGUGCCAGACAAACAUACAAAACGUGGUACAGUGGGUUAAGGUGGACAAUGUGUAUAUUAAAGGUGUAUACACUUGGCUGCGCGCUAUUUGCACAUUGGCUGUGCAUCAGAAAUGCAAAAAGUUGGGUGGACCAGAAAGAUUUGUAGAGGUUGGUGUCAUCUCAUUGGGAACCACAUCACAGGAUGGCCAACAGCGCCAAGUAAAAGUCGAAGUUUUGGGAGUACUUGAUUAUGCAGAGAAAACCAUACGCUUGCGGGCCGUCGAGCCGGUAUCAGAUGCUGAUCGUAACUAUAAAAAACGUUUCCAGACUAUAUUGGAACCAUUGCAACGUUGGGUACACAAAGAUAGCGUGAUUUGCAUUGAUCUGACUGUGGACAAAAUGACACUCUACUCGAUGGGUUUCAAGAACAUUAUACAAGCUGCAGCAACCGACACAAAUGCUAAGCACACCAACUCCUCCGUUAUGGACUACUUGCGUCGCAUCGUGCCACGUAUGUUCCAGAAUACUUUAUCAUUGCUUUCACGUCAAAUGAUACAACAAUUUCUGGAUGAGUUGGUAUGGCGUGAACAAUUUGGCACCUAUGCUUUACAGGCAUUCAACAACAUCACCGCACACAUUGCGGAGCAGACACGCAUGAAUACAAAUGAAACGCUAACACAGCGCUUGUAUCAGGUCGCAACAAAUCCCUUUAAGGACUGGAGUGUUCUGCCAGCCAAUUAUCGUGAGACACCGGCAAACACAACGCCAAAGCGAUUGAAAAAACCAAUCAACGAAGCUGACUAUGUUCAAUCGGAAAAAGUCAGUGUGAAAAAUAUUAAAAAGGAGAAACCGGACAGCUCAAAGCAUGAUACUUCAGCUAGUACUGGCCGUCGUGGCCGUCCUUCAGCCACCGCUGCAGAUAAUGACUACAGGCCGGGACCAAAAUCUAAGGUUGCAGGAAAAGCAGGCAGCUCGUCAAGUAGCAAAGUACCACCACCAUCCACAAAGGGCUCAGCAGCGAAACAUGCCUCCAAUGCUAAGGCAGAAACUGGCUCGCAAAAGAAGAUAGUGAUCGAGGCUAAGAUAAAGAAGGAGAAGGAUGUUGAUGAUGAUUUGAAAGGUCUUGAGGAGUUGUACUAUGGCAUACGCAAUGGAUUGGAUAUGAACUUUGAAAGUUUCCCUUACAAGAAUGACAGUGGUGUUGUAAUAGAGGCAUCCACUGUAGAUUGUCCCAUAUGUGACAUCAACGAUUCCUUUGAUUCCAAUGAGAAGCUGCAAACACAUUUAGUUUCACAUAUCAUUGCUGACAAGGAUCAUCAGUUCCAGUGUCUAUUCUGUCUGGAUAAACAUCCAAGUGAAAGUGUUUUGACCAAACACAAUCAAAUUAUGCAUCCAUUGGAAACAAAGUCUGGCUCAUCGGCCUCUUACCACUGCUUGAUUUGUCAGCAACGUUUCAACUCGUUGCAUCACUUAACCGUGCAUUUGCAAAAGAUACACAAUAUGUUGGAAUUACCGUAUGUAUGCCAGGCUUGUGGUUAUCGUUCGUCUUCGCACCGCGAUGCUGUGCGUCACUUUUAUGAUGAUCACAAGAAUCAGAACUUCUUGCAGUGUCCAUUCUGUUUGGAUAUAUUCCGCUUCUCCUACAAGGGACGCGUCAGCAUUACCAACAUUGAGAACUACUAUAUGCAUAUACGUGCUCACAUCGGCAGGAAGGAUUCCCAAUUGCGUUGCCAGAAGUGUGCGCUUAGCUUUACUGAGAAAGGUGCAUUGAAGCAACACUCAACCAAUCAUCACACUAGUCUCUUAAAGAGCACACAAAAAAUACAGCCACUGCUGACCAAUUCUGUUUUGAUUUCACCACCGAAGAUACGCAGCCAUCAUCGCGAACCACUACCGUAUACUAUCGCUUCGAAGCUUGGUGAGUUUUAUGCUUUUAUUGACGGCUCCAUUUGUGCUGAAUGCAACUCCGAGAUAUUAAACGAAGAUCACUUCAUUGGAUUUUUGAAAUGCAACAAAUGCAAUUACAAGUCGUGUUGUGAGCGCGCCGUUUUCGAGCAUGCCGCCGAGUGUAGCGGUGGAAGUGGUGCCCGUGACGUCAUGGAGCUACCACUACCAAAUGAGAUGCACUGCAUUUGUGGCUUCUCCACAUCUAUUGGCAAUAAGAUGGCCCACCAUCUGGCCACUUGCGGUCAGAAAUCAGCUUAUGCUUCUGUGGAAGCUGCACAGGAGAACACAGUCAAACGCAAUAUGCUGGACAUGUUGGGCUUAGUGCGACGCGAUGGCGAAUCUGGCGCCGAGGGUGACGAACAGGGUGGCGACCAGGCAACGACUUCGGCUGAAGCAACCGCCACGGCCGGUGAUUCAGAGGAGCUGCAAGAAACGCAGGGAACAAUGGUUAGUGAUCCAGCUGCACCCAUACAAUUUGGCGAAAUGGAGGCCACGCCAGUGCUGGACAGCAGCAGCAUGCAGCAGCAGCAACAAACAGUGGUCAGUAUUGACGAUGCCAAUGUCGUCCAUCAGCAGGCGGCUGUGGCUUAUGGUGGUCACAUUGUAGAUAGUGGCGACGUGCAAGCAGCACAGUAUCACAUUGGCUUCGGCCAGACAGAACAGCAGCAUGCGCUCAACACAUCCGACAUUGAUAUGCCGCUAAUUGGUGAAUUGGCCGACCCCAAUCCGCCAGCCACGCCACAAUUUAUAGGCGAAGUGCAUACGCCUAUGUUCGAUGCGGUAGCAGCUGCUGAGCAACAGCACUACCAUCAAAUGAUGCAGCAGCAGCAACAGCAUCAUCACCAUCAACAGCAAUGAAAACGAAUAAAUAAGCGGCAACGCGACUAUACGCUGCCGUGGCAGAGCUAUUGAGCAGCGUAAUAAAAAAAGUAAAUUUGAAUUGAAUUGCAAAAGCGCGAUGAUUGUCGAUAUGGACAGAUAGUGGCGUUAUUUGCGCGUCUUACACGAGAAUGAGUUGGUGAGUUUGAUGUGGGUAUUCACAGAGUACAUACUGGCUGAUUUUUUUUUUCAUUUAGUUGAAAAUUGUCAACAAAAAAAAAAUAAAAUAAUCAACGGAAUAUUUUAUAACCGAAAACUAAUAUGAACACCAGUGUUUUAUGCCGUUACUACAAGAAAAGAGUUGGCAAAAAUUUUGCAUUUAUUUCUUUUGACUAAGAAUUGGUUCAAAGAAGCAAGGAAUCAACCGAAAUUAAGCUUUUCAUUUUGUUAUACGUGAGAAAUUGAUUUGGAAGUUUCUCUCGCAAAUUAAUCGAUACGAACGGACGUAAGCCUAUUUCGGGCGACGCAGAAAAAACAAAUUAGAUGCCUUGCGUUUAGAUUAGGUUGGGCGGGUAGAAAAUGUUGAGUUGUGUUAAAACUGUUUGCGAAUAUUUAGAAAGAAUUAACAUGCUAAGGAAACUUCUGUCAAAAAGUUCAUUUUUUUUCAGACCAUAUUAUGUAUGGCGACUGGUGUCUAGUUGUCGGUCUAGUAGCCAUGGCUACCAGUAUCGUACUUUGUAUUAUGUAUAGCGAUUAAUCUCAGUAUACAAAAAAGCGCAGAUAAUAUCCGAAAUUACUUUUUUGGCAUGAACAUCGAGAGGUUAUUGGCAACUUUGCUCCAAUGUGCUUAACAACUUAUGUAAACAAAUAACAAGAUCGUCAUAAGCUGGGAACAGAAAUUUGCGCUACUAGACUCAGUAGCCGACAGUGAGCAGCCAGUUGCCAUACGUAAUGCGAAUUUUAGUAUAUGGUUGCCCAUCGGCUAUCAGACGCCAUGCAUUAAUCUUUCGAUUUUUAGUAAAAAUGUUGCAAAGUUUAAAGAAUUAAGUAUUUCAUAUAAAAAUUCAAAUAAUUAAAAAUGUAAGAUAAAUAUUUAAAAAUUCUUGAAAAACAGCGUGGAGGCUCACACUAUCUUGGUUAUCUGGUUAAAAAAAUAUCAUGCCUUUUACGGUAUCCGACGGAUGCCAUCCGCAUUGAAGGAUAAAAUUCGUGCGAAUAACAUCCUUCAGAGCGGUAUAGGCAUAUAUCCAACGGGUGUCAUUCGCACGAAUAUAACCCUUCACUUGUUAUGACAGUACGAAUCGGAUUAGAUCUGUGCGUAUGACAUCCGUCGGUUACCGUGACAGGCAUGUAUUAUUCCAUAGUGUAUUUUAUUGUUGUAAACCAAAUAAAAACAACUGGAUAGUCUGAUAACACAACAAGUGCGAACACCCAUAGUAUUUAACAAAGUGGAAGAGCUAUUCACGAAGCUUACAACUUGUUCAGUUGAUAAAAUGAAACAGUAAUUUUAAAUAAAUUAUAUAGGGUGACACCGAAUGAGCUAUAUGGUUUAAAUGGUUUAUAACUCUUUUAUUUAUGUGAUUAUAAUUUUUAUUUAUUUUUUAAUACAGUAUAUUAUUGGGGAAUUUUGUGCAAUUAGCUUUGAAAAAUGAUAUCCUGUAAGUGAUGUCCAUUUUCUGCUUCGCACUUACGUGCUCUUUUUAGCAUAGUUUCCAUAACUUUUCGCAGAAUUUCGGGUGUAAUGGCCAUGAUUUCAUUUCGAAUGUUGGUUUGGAGUUGGAGAAUGGUUCUUGGUUUGUUAACGUACACUCUUUGUUUCAAAUAUUCCCAAAGAAAACUGUUAAAAAGAAUUCAAACCAUAUAGCUCAUUCGGCGUCACCCAGUAUUAUAACCAAAAAUUUGAGGUUUUUUUGACCGAAAUUACGAUUUUUUCAAGAUAAAAUGCCGAUUUUUUAGCAAAAGCAUUCGGCAACGCUGCUGGUAGGUCAUUUCCAGGCGUGGAUCCCGUUGGCAGAGUAAAAAAAAAAACUGUUAUAAAGAAUACAAACCAUAUAGCUCAAUCGGCGCCACCCAGUAUUUACUGGAUAUGCUGAUAUAUUUUUAAAUCAAAUUUUAAAAGUUGUGAGUUUCGUGAAAACCUCUUUUGAACUUAGAUAUGUAUCAGAAACAAAAAUUGUAUAUUAUGGAACGACCCAAAAAUACAAAUAUCUUUAAUUUUAUUACGCUAACGCUGUUUGCUUUGCAAUAAGUCUAGCGCUAAAUUUAUAUAUAGGAAACAUAUAUAGGUUGUCAAUCAUUGUUAAACUCGAAAAAGAAUACAUGCAACAUUUUACACCGCUUUUCCACAGCCAUUCUUCUGUGAAUACCACUAUCGAACUCUGCAUUGUCUCGUAAAUGCUUUUAUUUUUUAAUUGAUUUAGCAAUUAUAUGAGCUGAACAUAAUUUUUUCUAUUUGAACAUUUAUAAAGCAAAACAAUUUUUGGCUUUAUUUUCCUCCGAAUACCGCACAGCAACUCGUACUCGCUAAAACACUCAACUUUUUUCUUAGUUUUAUUUAAAUAAGCAGAAAUUGCUUAAUGCAAAA